UAAGUGCGAGUGUCAAUCGCCACGCGUAGUCCGCGAUCCGCAGUCGAGGUGUUCGGUGGUGUCCCAGGUGCAGCACUAGUUCCUGCUUCCCAUACCACUUCCCAUUCCACUUCCGAGGCACUCCAACGUCAGUUUUAGCUAACCCACUUACGCCGAGUUCCGAUCGAAGUCCAGCGAUUUGAAUAUCCACAACCUUUGGUGACCCGCACGGCUGCUCGACAUGGAGAUCAUACUGCGACUGCUGGCCUUCAUACUGAACGCCUUUGGCGUGCUGGUGAACAAGAUACUGGAUUUGGUGUUGCCCCGUCAGAAACCCAAGUUUUCGGGCAUUCGCAAUCCCCUGCUGAAGAAGUCCGUCGUUGAACUGGUCACCCAAUUGCGACGCGGCGAGAUCACCUCUGUGGAGUUGGUUACCGCCUAUAUAGCACGUGUGCAGGAAGUGAAUCCCUCUCUGAAUGCCGUUGUCGAGGAUCGAUUCGAGGCUGCCCUGCAGGAUGCCAGAUUGGCGGAUCAGCUCAUCGCGAAGGCGAGCUCCGAGUUCGACCGCGUGGCCCUGUACACCAAGUAUCCCAUUCUGGGUGUACCCUUCACGGUCAAGGAGUCGUGUGGUCUUAAAGGAUUAUCCUUUGCUGUGGGCAGUCUGGCACGCAGAAAUAUGAAAGCCCCCCAGGAUGGCGACGUGGUGGAGCUGGUGCGAGCUGCUGGUGGCAUACCCCUUUUGGUGUCCGCCAAUCCAGAGUUUUGCAUGAGUUUCGAAACCAGCAACAAUAUCCAAGGACGUUGCCUGAAUCCGUACGAUCUGCAAAGGACCUCCGCCGGAUCUUCGGGCGGCGAGGCAUCGUUGAAUGGCUGUGGAGCCACCACCUUUGGCGUGGGUUCGGAUAUCAGCGGCUCCAUUCGUCUGCCGGCCUUGUUUUGCGGCGUCUUUGGCCACAAGCCCACCGGCGGUCUGACGUCGGUCAAGGGUCACUUUCCCUACUCGCUGACGGACAAGAAGUUCCCCCAGAUGCUGCAGAUCGGCCCCAUCACCAGAUUCGCCAGGGAUUUGCCCUUGCUGUUGGAAAUAAUGGCGGGCGGCAACAAGCACAAGCUCAAGAUGUCUGAACCAGUUGCUCUGAAGGACAUGAAGGUAUACUAUGCCUUUGGAUACUCCGGCUUCAACUGCCUCACCCAUCCCGUGGUGGACUUUGACAUCAAACUGGCCAUCACCAAAGCGGUCACGUGCUUGGAACGAGGAGGAGUUCAGACCAAGAAGUUGGAUCUGAAAUUCCUGAGCAAUUCCCUGGAGAUUGCCCUGGUUUCCCUGGUGGACUUGAAGGGUCUGCCCAGCAUCGUAACCCAGCGGGCGGAUCGGGAUCCCUCGAUGCGUUUGCUGAUGGUGGAACUGUUCAACAGCAUCAUAGGUCACUCGAUCUUCACCAAGGAGGCCAUGAUUCUGGAGGUGAUGAAGCGUUUCAAUGGCCUCAUGGCCAGUGGAAACAUGGAAGAAUACCGCUUGGAGGCCGAGAAAAUCAAGAGCCAUUUGAAUCAACUGCUCGGCACUCAAGGAGUCCUCAUCCUGCCCACCUUCCACACGAGCGCCCUCUGCUUCCACACCUCGCUGCUGAACGUGACGGGGAUCGACAAUCUGCUGCUCUUCAACGUCCUUGGCCUGCCCGCCACCCAUGUGCCCAUGGGCACGAAUCAGCGGGGGAUGCCCAUAGGGCUGCAGGUGGUGGCCGCCCAGUACCAGGACAAGCUCUGCCUGAAGGUCGCCGCCGAGCUGGAGGCCGUUUUUCACGGCUGGGUGCCACCGGUGCCACAUGACACAUGAAACACCAAGCGAAGAUCGAGUCCCUGCUCGUUUAUCCAUUUAAGGUUCAAGGUUAAAUUUUGUUUAAAGAUCUAGUAGUGUUGUGAAGAUUAAAGUGAAAUUCGUUUAAUA